GCCGCGGCGGAGAUGAGCGCGGCGGGGAAGCGCUGGGGCCGGCGGCAGCGAGCUCUGCUCUGGGGUGUUCUGCUGGCGGUGUGGGAGGCGGUGUGGGGGCAGCUGCGCUACUCGGUGCCCGAGGAGAUGCCCAAGGGCUCGUUCGUGGGCGAUGUGGCCAAGGACCUGGGGUUGCAGCUGCCGGCGCUGCAAGACGGCGGCGUCCGCAUUGUUUCUGAAGGUAGGACACAGUAUUUCACUCUGCACGGGAAGACGGGACAUUUAGUGACGGCGGAGAGGAUCGACAGAGAGCAGCUGUGCGGGAGCGUGCAGCAAUGCGUGCUGCGCUGUGAGCUGAUAGUGGAGGGGGAAAUGAAAGUUUAUGGAAUCCAAGUGGAAAUCGUGGAUGUUAACGACAACACGCCGAGCUUUCGAGAGGCACAAAUUGAACUUAGAAUGAGUGAGGCGACAGCCCCGGGCUCGCGGUUUCCUCUGCCAAAUGCUGACGAUCCGGACUCGGGCAGGAAUUCCCUGCAGAGCUACGAGCUGAGCGGCGACGAGCACUUCUCGCUGGCCGUGCAGGCGGGCCCCGGCGGCGAUCAGCGUCCCGAGCUGGUGCUGGCGAAGGCGCUGGACCGGGAGGAGGCGGCGUUUCACGAGCUGGCGCUGAGGGCGAGUGACGGCGGCGAUCCGGCACGGACGGGCACGGCGCGGAUCCGUGUGACGGUGCUGGAUGCGAACGACAACGCUCCCGUGUUCAGCCAGGCGGAGUACACGGUGCGUGUGCCUGAGGACGUUCCCGUGGGCUCCGUCCUUCUCACGGUCACGGCCAGCGAUGACGACGAAGGGCUCUACGGACAAGUGAAGUACUCGCUGAAUAAAAUCACCGAGAAAGCAUCGCAGACUUUCCGGCUGGACGGCGACACCGGGGCAAUCAGCCUGUUGCGGAGCCUGGACUUCGAGGAUGGCGACUCUUACGAACUGGAGGUGCAGGCACAUGAUGGGGGAGGCCUGUUUGAUACGACAAAAAUCGAGAUUACAGUGACAGACGUCAAUGACAAUGUGCCUGAGAUCUCCGUGCGGUCAUCAGUGAAAGAGAUCUCGGAAGAUGCCCCUUCCGGGACGGUGGUAGCCCUGCUACACGUGAGGGACCGGGACUCGGGAGCUAACGGCGAGGUGCACUGCUCGCUGGACGGGGACGUUCCGUUCCGGCUGGAGAAGACGUUUGAGGAUUACUACCGUGUGGUGACAUCGAGAGAGCUGGACCGUGAGCAGGUGUCCGAGUACAACGUGACGGUGCGGGCGGCCGAUGGCGGGUCGCCGCCGCUGCAGAGCAGCGCGGUGCUGGCGCUGCGGGUGCUGGACGUGAAUGACAACGCGCCGGUGUUCGCGCAGGAGCGCUACAGCGCGCGGCUGGCGGAGAACAACGCGGCGGGCGCGCUGGUGCUGACGGUGCGCGCGUCGGACGCGGACUGGGGGCAGAACGCGCGCGUGCGCUACCGGCUGUCGGAGGGGCGGGUGCGGGGCGCGCCGCUGUCGUCGUACGUGUCGGUGCAGGCGGAGACGGCGCUGCUGGCCGCGGUGCUGCUGUGCCUGUGCUGCCGGGCGGCGGCGGAGCGGGUCCGCUACUCCAUCCCCGAGGAGCUGGGCAGAGGCUCGCUCGUGGGGCCGCUGGCGCGGGAUCUGGGGCUCAGCRCGGACGAGCUGCCGGCGCGCAAGCUGCGGCUGAGCGAGGAGAAGCAAUACUUCACGGUGAGUGAGGAAAACGGGAAUCUGUACGUGAAUGAGAGGCUGGACCGGGAGGAGAUGUGCGGAGAGUCGGCAUCCUGCUCCAUCAGCUUCGAGGUGCUGGUGCACAACCCACUGAACGUUUUCCACGUCGAGCUGGCAAUUGUAGACGUGAACGACAACUCCCCGGCCUUCAGCAAAUCUUCUCUGGACCUCGAGAUAGGUGAAUGGACUCUUCCUGGUGCACGUUUUCCCCUGGAGAUGGCAAGAGAUGCUGAUGUGGGCAGCAACUCUCUGCUGACUUACCAGCUCACCAGCAACCCGUCGUUCGCUUUGGCCAUGAAGGAGAACCCGGGUGGAAAGAAGCAGCCUGAAUUAGUGCUGGAGAAAGCGUUGGACCGAGAGAAGCAGAGCUCCUUCGAGCUGGUGCUGAUGGCGGUGGAUGGUGGGGACCCCGCGAGGUCCGGGACUGUACAAGUUCGCGUCAACGUAACAGACGCCAACGACAAUCCACCCGUGUUCAGCAAAAGAAUCUAUGAGGCGCGAGUGGCGGAGAAUUUACCAGUGGGGUCACUGGUGUUGCAGGUGCUGGCCACGGAUGCGGAUGCGGGUUCCAACGGGCUGAUUUCCUACUUCUUCGGCAACGUUCCAGAAGACUUCCGAGUGCUGUUUGCAGUCGACAGCGAGAGUGGCGAGCUCAGGACAGCGGCUGCCCUAGAUUUCGAGGAAAAACAUAAAUACACCUUCGGGCUGGAAGCGAGAGACGGCGGCGGUCUCACAGAUCACUGCGAAGUGGAGAUAGACAUCACGGACGAAAACGACAACGCCCCCGAAAUCACGAUUCUGUCCCUCUCGAGCCCGGUGCCCGAGGAUGCGCCGACCGGCACCGUGGUAGCCGUGCUGAAAGUGCGCGACAGAGACUCAGGCGAGAACGGUCAGGUGUCGUGCGAGCUGUCGGGAGAGGCGCCGCUGUCGAUCGUGGCGUCGUCGGGCGGCUCGUACAAGGUGGUGACGGCGAGCGCGCUGGACCGCGAGCAGGCGUCCGAGCACCGCGUGACGGUGGUGGCCCGGGACCGCGGGCGGCCGGCGCUGUGGAGCAGCACGGAGCUGGUGCUGGAGGGCACCUUGCCCUACUCCUACAACCUGUGCGUGGCGGCGCCGGCCCGCGCCGUGCCCGAGGCCGCUUGGCCGCCGCCGCCGGUGCCCAUCCUGUCGGCGGAGGAGCUUCUGGGCGGGGAUUGCUGCGAGAAGCCGAUCACAAACACCAGCGCCGUUGCGGCAGAGCUGCCUGGCGAUCCCGAUGCACCGCAGCCAAGCGGAGGGACCGGCGGCUGCGGUUCGGUGCAGAAUCUGAAAGCUUUGAGUGGGAGCCGGGAGUUCGAUCGGCGGUGUUUCGGUGCCGGCGGUGCCGCGGCGGAGAUGAGCGCGGCGGGGAGGCGCUGGGGCCGGCGGCAGCGAGCUCUGCUCUGGGGUGUCCUGCUGAUGGCGUGGGAGGCGGCGUGGGGGCAACUGCGCUACUCGGUGCCCGAGGAGAUGCCCAAGGGCUCGUUCGUGGGCGACGUAGCCAAAGACCUGGGGCUGCAGCUACUGGAGCUCCGAGACCGCGGCUUCCACAUCUUAGACAGAGGUAGGACGCAGUAUUUCGCUCUGCACGGGAAGACGGGACAUUUAGUGACGGCGGAGAGGAUCGACAGAGAGCAGCUGUGCGAGCGUGUGCCGCAGUGCGUGCUGCGCUGUGAACUGAUAGUGGAGAGCGACAUGCAGGUUUACGGAAUCCAAGUGGAAAUCACAGACGUUAACGACAACGCGCCGAGCUUCCGGGAGAUAGAAAAAGAACUUAGAAUGAGUGAGGUGACAGCCCCGGGUUCGCGGUUUCCCUUGGCCGAGGCUCACGACCCGGACUCGGGCCGAAAUUCCCUGCAGAGCUACGAGCUGAGCGGCGACGAGCACUUCUCGCUGGCCGUGCAGGCGGGCCCCGGCGGCGAUCAGCGUCCCGACCUGACGCGCUGGCUCGUGCUGGCCGUGGCCGCCGUGUCGUGCCUCUUCCUCGCCUUCCUGCUGCUGCUGCUGGCGCUGCGCCUUCGGCGCUGGCGGCGCGAGCAGCUGCUGGCGGCGAGCAGCGGCGCCUUGCGCGGCGUGCCGGUCUCGCACUUCGYGGGCAUCGACGGCGUGCGCGCCUUCCUGCAGUCCUACUCGCACGAGGUGUCUCUCACGGCCGACUCUCGCAAGAGCCAGCUGCGCUUCUCGGGCGCCAGCUGCUGCGACACGCUCCCGGCCCGGCCGCUUCCCGACGAGCCCGCGCCGCUGCUCGGGGACGAGAGCUCUGCCGGUGCUCCACUCGCGGAUCCUGCCGCUCCUUCG